AUGUCCCGCACCCAACAGCAGAAGCAGAAAGAUGCCAAUAAGGGGAAGUUCACAGAAUGGCAGAUGUCCGAACCACAUCGAGGCCGCGUGCAGCGUGUCCCUGCUGCACUUGAACGUGCUCGGCGUACAGGCUAUGACAGUGUUCUCCCUCCCACGAUGCACUGGGUGGAGGCGACUUCGACGACAUUUCUUUCUGCUCAGUUCCCAGAGUCCUACAUCGAGCAACACUACAAGGUAGUCAGCGCUGAUGAGCUGGUCGAUGCGGUGCUCGCGUUCUGCAAAGACGAGGAUGUCUCUUUCUACGGCUUUGUCAUCGAGACGAACGUGAAGUCUGGACCCGCCGUCGACGAUCCCGUGGACGCUCCCGGCCUUGUUGCCUUGCAUCUGAAAGGCGCGGAUCUGGCUAAAGAUACUCGGGCUCAGUGGAUGCAGUUGUUCAAGAAGGCAAAGGUGCCGCACCUGGUGGACUGCCGCAUCUUCAUGCCCGGCAAGCUGUACAAGCCCUUCGAAGGCUCGAUCUUCGACUUUCUGGGAACGGCGCUUGGCAGCCUGACACACCUCACUCUGCAACUGGCGUUCUACGACAAGGAAGGACUCGAGAAAUUUCUUUGCUCCGACGGCGCUGCCUCUCUCAUAUCUCUGGAACUGCAGACCAACAGCCAGGUGACGAAGAACGUGGCGAACGCGCUCUCUCGCCGAAACGCCCACAGGCUCCCCAACCUGCGCAAACUGUGCCUGCGCCUGAAGAAAGACAGCGUCGACGAGCUCUUUGAUGCGCUUUGCAAGCGUUACGACUUGGGCGCUAAACAACCUCUGCAGGUCGAGCUCAGGUCCGACAUCAGCGACAAGAUUUAUCACAAGGCUCGCACCAUGGGGAUCACCUUCGACGAGCCGUCCGUCUUCCGCUAG